GAGAGAAAUGGCGCCUCGGCUCUCUAGCUGAGAGACAGUCAAUACAGAGGGAACUGACAGAGCCGAGAGGAAACAAUACGGCAGAGAAAAAAACAUGGUGAACACAAGAAAAGGCACGCAGCUCCAGUCAUGCAGCCCUGUCAUCUCCGGUCGGACGAGGUCUUCUCUUAGGAACAACCCAAACUUGGAAGAACACAACCAUAAGGACCCCAGCAGUAAUAUCAGCUCUGGUAGCCCACGCUUGUCCCCUCCAUCUAAACGAAAACGCAGACACACGACGCCAAGCUCCAGUGACACUUCCCCAAGUCCCCAGAGCAAAGGGCAGAGAGUUACAUGGAACACAUCCAAACACUGCACCAGGUUAUCCACUGGUGCUUUGCAAAAUGGACACGGCCGAAGAAGCCUGCGGGUAGAUGACAGCACAGAUGGGGAUGAUGCUCGCUUGAAUGGCCAUGUUGAGCUGAAGAGGAGCUGUCGCUCGAGGAAGAGCCGUUUUCAGCACCUCAACCAGAGCCUGCUGUUUGACCAACUGGUCAACAGCACGGCAGAGGCGGUGCUUCAGGAGAUGGACAACAUCAGCAACAUACGACAGAAUCGGGAAGUGGAACGGCUCCGGAUGUGGACAGACACAGAACUGGAAAACAUGGACAUGUAUUCACGUGUGAAAAGGCGGAAAUCCAUGAGGAGGAAUACAUUUGCAAUGCAGACCCACCAUAAAGUCAUCAGCAAAUCUGAAGCACCAGAAGAGGAAGGAAGGGAGGAAGAAGAAACUGAUGAAUCUCAUGAGGAGGGAGAUGAUGAUGAAGGGGAAGAUGAUGAUGAUGACGACGAUGAUGAAGGAGAUGAAGUAGAGGAAGCAGGAGAGGAGAAUGACAGACCUUACAACCUCAGGCAGCGUAAAACUGUGCAGCGUUAUGAGGCACCGCCCAUUGUGCCAGUGAACAGAAAACAAAGCAAGAACACAGUGUUUGACACACACAGAUCCCCUGCAAGAAGAAGCCAUAUUAGAAUAAAGAAGCACGCCAUCCACAGUAGUGAUACUACAUCCUCAUCAGACGAGGAGCGUUUUGAACGGAGAAAAAGUAAAAGCAUGACGCGUGCUCGGAACAGAUGUCUGCCUAUGAAUUUGCGAGCAGAGGACUUGGCCAGUGGCGUGCUUCGUGAUCGGGUUAAAGUUGGUGCUAGUUUAGCUGAUGUGGACCCCAUGAAUCUGGAUUCCUCUGUGAAGUUUGACAGUGUCGGAGGGCUUACUGCUCAUGUUAAGUCUCUGAAAGAGAUGGUGGUCUUUCCUCUUCUCUACCCUGAAGUGUUCGAGAAGUUUAAGAUCCAGCCUCCAAGGGGUUGCCUGUUCUAUGGGCCUCCAGGGACAGGGAAGACUUUGGUGGCUCGGGCGCUGGCUAACGAGUGCAGUCAGGGUGACAGGAAGGUGUCCUUCUUUAUGCGAAAGGGAGCGGACUGCCUCAGCAAAUGGGUGGGAGAGUCAGAACGACAGCUCCGCCUUCUCUUUGACCAGGCAUACCUCAUGAGACCAUCUAUCAUCUUUUUUGAUGAGAUUGAUGGCCUUGCACCUGUUCGUUCUAGUCGACAGGAUCAGAUUCACAGCUCCAUAGUUUCCACAUUGCUGGCUUUAAUGGACGGGUUGGACAGUCGAGGGGAGAUAGUGGUCAUUGGUGCUACAAACAGACUUGACUCUAUCGACCCUGCACUCAGGAGGCCUGGUCGUUUUGACCGGGAAUUUCUGUUCAAUCUGCCAGAUAAACAGGCUCGAAAGCACAUUUUAGAAAUUCACACCAGGGAUUGGAACCCAAAGCUGUCAGAUUCCUUUAUGGAUGAGUUGGCAGAAAAAUGUGUCGGUUACUGUGGUGCCGACAUCAAAGCACUUUGCACGGAGGCUUCAUUGGCGGCAUUGCGGCGGUGCUAUCCUCAAAUAUACAGCAGCAGCCAGCGCUACAAACUGAACGUUGACUCUAUCGUGCUGGGGCCACAGGACUUCGGCCGUGCUCUGCGUACGAUUGUUCCAGCUGCUCAGAGAGCUCUCGCGCCACCAGGCCGAGCUUUGUCCUGCACGCUGCAGCCUCUGCUGGAGAGAUCACUGGCCCACACACUCACCUGCCUGCUCCGAGUCUUCCCCCAUGCAGAGCUCCUACAUAGGGAACACACACACGGCUCUGACAAUCAGCUGCUGGAGGAGGACUCUUACAGUGAGGGUGAAGAUGGAGCUGGUGCUCAGUCCAUUUAUGAUGUUCAGCCAGGAUCCCCAAAGAAAUCGCACUCCUCUAUCGUACACAAACCCUUCCUUCAUUUUACUACGUCUGCCUAUCAGCAGCCAACCUCAUACCGACCACGGCUUUUGCUAACAGGGCCUCAAGGUUCGGGUCAGACCACACACCUGGCUCCUGCUCUGCUGCAUCACCUCAACAAAUUCACUGUGCACCGCCUUGACCUGCCCACUCUGUACUCUGUCAGUGCCAAGACCCCGGAGGAGUCCUGCGCUCAGGUGUUUCGGGAAGCACAGCGGAGUGUGCCAAGCGUAAUCUACAUGCCACACGUCAGCGACUGGUGGGAAGCCAUAAGUGACACGGUGAAGAGUACGUUCCUGACACUGCUGCAGGAUGUUCCCUCCUUCACCCCACUUCUCAUCCUUGCUACAGCCGAGAUCAGCCACCAGCAGCUCCCUGAAGAGGUCAAGUGCAUCUUCAGUCACUCGUAUGGUGAAGUGGUGUGUCUAACAACACCUGGGGAAGAGGACUGCAAAAAGUUCUUCAGUGAUCUCAUACUGGUGCAAGCAGCCAAGCCACCGCUCCGCCCGAGGAAAAAAGUGUGUGAUCUUGAGGUGCUGCCUCUGGUGGAAGACCCAGGCCCUCGGCAGCUCUCUCCAGAGGAGCAGAAGCGACUUGAGGAGCAGGAGGAGAACACCCUGCGCGAGCUCCGCCUCUUUCUCAGGGACGUCACCAGGCGGCUGGCCACCGACAAGCGCUUCCACAUCUUUAGCAAGCCUGUAGAUAUCGAGGAGGUAUCAGAUUAUCUUGAGGUCAUCAGAGAGCCUAUGGAUUUGUCCACUAUCAUGACAAAGAUUGACACUCACAAGUAUACAACCGCGAAAGACUUCCUGAAGGACAUUGACCUCAUCUGCAGUAAUGCGUUGGAAUACAAUCCGGAUAAAGAUCCUGGAGAUAAAAUAAUUCGGCAUAGGGCUUGCAGUCUGAAGGACACAGCUCAUGCAAUGAUUGCCUCUGAGCUGGACCCAGAGUUUGACCGCAUGUGUGAGGAGAUUAAAGAGUCUCGAAGGAAAAGAGAGUUCCAGAUGCCUCAGCAGCCAGCUGCCACACCAACAUCUGUAACAGGCAGGAAGCCUGUUGGUGGAGACGAGGCCUCUAUGAGCACCUCUCAGGCUGAUGUGGUGGAAAAGCAACACAACACUGGUGGAACAGAAGUAGCACAGAUGCUGCUGAGAUGCAUUACCUCUGGGCAUGCUAAUGUACGCCUCGCUGCAGGAGGUAGCAUAAAGCGCAAGGCUCGGCGUCGGUCAAUUUGGGAGCGGGGCAUCAUUAGGAAGAAGAAGAGCAGCAAGAAGGAGGAGGUAGAAGAGGACGAUGAGCCUGAGGAAGAGGAAGGAGCUGAUGACUCAACCGUUGCUGGACAGGGCAAUGCUGGUCUGGCUCAGGAUGAGUCCUCCUCUGACACCAUGGAAGCCCAAACUGUUAAACCCCUUCCCCAACCCAAUGGAUAUGCUCUGAGCACUGAAGAGGAAAACUCCAGUGAAGCCACUGCAACUCAAGAGCCUCAAGGCCAAAAUAAGGCCAGUACAACUACCUUUAAGAACCCUUCUUCUGAAGAGGAGAAAGAGGCGACCGUGCUCUCUGAGCCCCAAGAGUGUGUAAAUGGAGACGAGUCAAUGGACAGUAUAGACAGUGAAGCCAAUGAAAAGGAAUCAAGGAGUAGUAAAAAGGAGGUCCCAACUACUUUCAGAGGAGAGGAACAGGCUGGAGCUGAAAAUGUGGCCCAAGAAUGCAAGGCAAAUGAUUGCACACCAGCAGCAGAUGGAGCAGCUAGUGAUGGAGUUCAUGAAAAAGAAGGUGUCUCCAAAGAGAAGAAAUGCAGAAGAAGCCAAUCAGAACAGCAGAAGGAAGUUCUCGCAGAGAGACCAGAGGACCCCCCACAGCCUCCACCUCCACCUGCUUUAGUUGUAGACCAUCAGCGACUCAAGGCUCUGCUAGAUAAAGUUGUGGUGAAGAGUAAGAGCUACAGUGUGGAUCAACUGGAAAGACUUUACUCGGUGCUCAGCCAGUGUAUUUUCCAGUACCGCAGGGAUUACGACAAGACCUGCCUCAUCGAGGAGAUGGAGAGGCAAGUCCAGCAUUUCAAUACAUUCCUGUGAUGAAAGAAGGGUGAUCAUUAUCAGAGACUCCUGUGACACAAAAAGGAGACCAACUUAAAGAACCAAGCUGCUACAGCGAGCCGAGCAGGUUUGGUUUUAAAUGGCAAAGGAGGGGUUAAAGGAAACUUGCAAAGACUUUCAGUGGCAACCUUGGUGCUAUUGUCUCAGGUACCUGGACAGAACUCGUCUACAGAACCAAACACAAGUCAAGACUUAUAUAGGUUUCAAAAAAACAUAUAUGCCAAUUUCUACUGGGCGUUCUUGGUGCUAUUAGGUGCUAUUGUUUAUCCAUUUGCUGCUCCUUGAGUUUCUUUUAAAAAGUCAGAAAAGGAAAAAAAUCAUUCUAUUAAAAAAAAAAAAAGAUUGUGUGAUGUCACUUAAACACCUUGGUCUCAUUUGUCAGGAAGAGACAGCAGACACCACCACACAGGCACAGAUUCUCACCAGCAGUACUAAAACACCACCUGAAUGACACGCAAUGCCAUGAGGUCAUGCCAGUUUGUUAUUGAACGUAGAAAUGAAUUGCAUCAUUGAACGCCAUCUCGAUGAACACCAUCUUAAUGCGUUGUGUCCCCGUGACCUUUAACCAAUAGGCAAUUAAAUGUAAGCAGUGUGUAACUGCUGUCAUGCUCCUGCCCAGAAAAUAAAAACAAAACAAAACACAUUUUCUAACGGAAUUGUACGCGUUUUCUACCUGAUGCAUGUGGUGUACCCUUUGCAGUGAAAAGCUGAAGCGCCAUCGUAUUAAGAGAAUCUCUAAAACCGAUAGCUACGUUUAUUACAGUGGGAUUAUCACAAUACCAUGAUGCAGUAAACACAGUUUUGAUUAUUUUUUGUAAUUUUUUUUUUAAAUAACUGAUAACAUAUCUAGCUACAGCAUCAGGAAUGUGUUUCAAAAGACGUGUUGCCUCUUCAGUCGAUCUCUUCCUGCCUAAUGAGCAUUUCCAAUUUGGUAUCGUCAUGGCCAGAUAUAUAUUGUCUUUUGGGAAAAGAUGGCUUGUGUCGACUCUCUUCACUUAAGACUCAACAAAUUGUUUGUUUUUUUUUUGAUCAAUCUGCACACCCACAUGAGAUUUACCAUCAAGACAGUUUUCACACCAGUUGGUUACGCCAUGACUUUGUUGUAAUUUUAUAUCAUUUACUUUUUUAUUACCUCUUAGUUUGAGUUAUAUGAAUGCUAAGAUUGUUUGCAUUAAUUAAUGAAUGAUGAACAAGGCAAUUCUAGCCAGCGUGGUUUGUUCAGUAUAUGGAUCAUUUAUUAUUGUGUUAAAGUUUUGUUUUUAAUGGUAUUUUGGCUUCUUUUUUUAAUUUUAAUGACUUUGUCUAUGGUUUAGUUGUAUUAAAACCCUGAUUAGUGGCUACUUAUUCUUUUAGUAGCGAGGUUCUAGUUUGUUUUUGGCCAAGAGUGUUUAAUUGCCAUGGCCUUUUCUCUGAAAGAGUUGAACUGCUUCUUUCUUCAGUUUGCAGGAAAACAUUUCUGAAGUUAAAACUCAUCUCAAUUUUAUGUAAAGCUGAGUAUACUUACAAACCAUUUAAAAAAAAAAACAUGCAAAAAGAGGAGUUAACUCUGGACUACUGCAGCGAGAUGGAGAACCCUGGCUACCUCAGUUAAAAAUUUAUUUAAAACAACAUGUUUAUUGAAGACGUACAGUAUUUGUCAGCAUCUGUAUCAUUGCUGCACCUUUUACCAUUCAAAAGCCCGGGUACUGAGCAACAGGUCCUGCGGCCGAUGCAGUAAUCCAUCCUUUUGCUUGGUUUUUGGUUCAUAUCCUUUUUUUUUUUUUUUAAUUAUUAUUACUGAGUUUUGCAGUUGAGCCAACACAAACCCAGCACAUUAACUUCAGUAAGAUUUUGUAUUAUAUAUUUUAUCUCCUGUCCGAUGGACCUUGGUGAUGGCAGCCAUAUUGUUUGUCCAUUUCACUACAUUUUCUUUUCUUUGUCUUGCAUAAUUGCUUCAUUUUGGCUAUUUAUCUCCCGCUGUACCUGUUUUAUUUAUUAACAUAAGUAUUGGUGUGUGUGUGUGUGUGUCUGUCUAUUCAUAUUUUUGUACACCAUUUGAUUAAAAGGGGACAAAUUGGAAAUUUGUUACAGCUUUUGAUGUCGGAGCCAUGUAAUGAUGUAGCACAUUUUUGUAGCAGGGUUACGCAGAUGGAGAGGUUUACUGGUCUCAGGUCUCUGCUACAUUCAUGAUCUAUUUAUUCCAUUAUGAUGGUGGUGGUGCUUUUUGAGCUUUGUGGUAAAGGAACUGUUCUCCAGCUAAUGUUAGGAGCGUUUUAAUACCUCCUACCCCGCUUGUUCUGUAUAAUUCUCCUAGUAGGUACUACUGUGAUGCUGACCACUGGGUCUGACAUCCUGACAUUUCAGCUGAUUUUACAAAUUCUGUAAGGAUUGAAAGAAUUAGAGGACAUACAAAAAAAGUAACCUGUGUUCACCUCUUUAAAUGUGGUUGUUGGCUCCUAUUUUUAUCACUAUCUUUUCAGUAUUCAUGGUGCAAUACUGUGCUGGUCCUAAAUUGUGUCACUUGGCCAACAGAUGAGUAUAAUAAAUGAAAUUUAACAUCUAAAAAAUUGAACAAAUUUAAAAGAAGUUGGGAAACUAUUCAGAGGUUUAUCUAAACUUAAAAAAAAAAAAAAAGGAUUUAAUGUAAUUCUACGGAAGCCGCGAGAGGGCCUUCAUAUAAUCUUUUUUUAUUCACCUUGUUAUCCCGAGAUAACGACAUAAUUAAUU